CACAGUAUCCAAACGCCUCCCGAGUAUUCUCCAUCACCGCAUUAUGACCUGAAUGAAACAACUCUGGUAGCAACCAAUCCCCACAAAUGGAAAUUAGCACCAGCAAACCCCUUAGCUUUCUCUCAUCAAAUUCACAAACUUCAUCAACUUUCCAAGAUUUCAAUACCCUCUUCAACAAUCUUAACACCACCCUCUUAUCCACCAGCACCUCAUCCCUCCGUCGCCUCACAAAUACCCCAUGUAAAGCAGAGAAAAUAAAAAAUGGUCAAAAUUUCAGCCCAAAAAGGAUUCUUCAAUUUUCAUCGACUUCAAUCUCCAUUCAACCUGAAAUCAAAAACCCAGAAAACCCCACUUCUCGAAUUUGGCUAAAACCAGCCUCAAGAGGCUCUCCCCAAGUCUACGCCCUGUUCAAGAAUCUCUCUGUUUUGGAAAAAGCCCUCAUGGGUGCUGCUGGUGGAGGCAUUGCUGGUGCAUUCACUUAUGUCUGCCUCCAUCCUCUUGACACAAUCAAGACUAAGCUCCAGACAAAGGGGGCAUCAGAAAUUUAUAGUGGUACAGUUGAUGCCAUUGUUAAGACCUUCAAAACCAGGGGAAUUUUGGGGUUCUAUAGUGGAGUUUCUGCGGUGAUUGUUGGUUCUACGGCUUCUUCUGCUGUGUAUUUUGGGACAUGUGAGUUUGGAAAGUCAGUUUUGUCGAAAAUCCCUCAAUAUCCAGCUGUUUUGAUACCCCCUACUGCUGGGGCUAUGGGGAAUAUUGUUUCAUCAGCUAUAAUGGUACCUAAGGAAUUAAUUACUCAGAGGAUGCAAACUGGUGCAAAGGGGAGGUCUUGGGAGGUUUUAUUGAAAAUUUUGAAAAAAGAUGGAAUUUUGGGAUUGUAUGCUGGAUAUAGUGCUACAUUGCUGAGAAAUUUGCCUGCUGGGGUGUUGAAUUAUUCAUCGUUUGAGUAUCUUAAAGCUGCGGUAUUGAAUAGUACUCAUCAGGUUCAUUUGGAGCCAUUUCAGAGUGUCUGUUGUGGUGCAUUGGCUGGAGCCAUAUCAGCUUCACUGACAACUCCUUUGGAUGUGGUUAAGACAAGAUUGAUGACUCAGGUUCAUGGGGAGGCUGUGAAUAAGGUUGCAGCUGUAAUGUAUAGUGGUGUCUCAGCUACUGUUAAACAGAUUUUGAAGGAAGAAGGCUGGAUAGGGUUUACACGAGGAAUGGGGCCUAGAGUUGUUCAUAGUGCCUGUUUUUCUGCAAUUGGUUACUUUGCCUUUGAGACAGCUAGGCUCACAAUUUUGCAUCAGUAUUUGAAGCAGAAGGAGCUUCAGAACAUGGCUCUUGAUUCUUCAUCCACGGUCAAUCAGAGUGAAUAAAGUGGCAACGAGGUGCUUUGCAAGUGCAUCUGGGUUAUGGUGAUAUGCAAGGCUCAGGAAGGCCAAAAGCUAAGACGAAAAGUAGUGUUAGGCGGUCUUUUAUUGUUUUUGGUGGGUAAAAGAAGUUCAUUAAUUGAAAAACCAAAGGUCAGUUACAAUCAUUCAAGGAAAUUUAUCUCAUUGUGCUCCAUCUAUACAAAAUGUGUUAACUACAGGUUGAGGAAUACAAGAAAAAAGGAAAAAAAAAAUCCAAUUCCUAUGCCACUCCCAUAUUAGCUAACCAAUCCACCAUUCUGUUUGAUUCCAUGUAAACAUGCUUAAGCUUGACUUGGGUUAUCUGCUGGAUUAAAGGUCUGCAAUGAGGAGCAAUUAAAGAAAGUAAAUGUCAAUCAGUAUGGUUACUAAGCAAUAUAUCAACAACUUACUCGGAGUCAGAUUCUGUAAUGAUGUGAGUGAACUUGAAUCAGCAACAACAGGGAGAUUGUAACAUCCUGCAUCAGUUUUAUCUCUUAAUCAUGUUAUGACUGCUUUGACCUAUAAAAGGUCCAAUGUCUGUACUAUUAUUCUGACAUUGCCGGGGUGUUGGAGCUUUCACACUUUUCUUUUGAACUGAGCCAAUAAUGAAGAGAUAUUUAUGCCCAUUGCCUAUAGAUUCAACUGCAUUGAGAAUUGUUAACUGGCAAAAAAUUGAGCUAAAGAGUUUUUCUGAGCAUUGUAGUCUUUGUGAGUUAAUUUAAGUGAAAAAAAUUAAAGUUGGUUAAUCUUACUUAUUUUCUUAUUUUUAUUUAUUAUGAUGAUUAAUGCCUGGAAAGUGUGCAUAUUUUCAAAAGUUGAAUUUGAUUCUGUUGUUUUUAUUUUCUCAAAUUGCAUUUUAGAACAUACAGUAUGAGUUUGAAACAAUUAUGAGCUCGAAUUUGACUUAUUCAGGUUCAUGAACCUUAUCAUGCUAAGGUUGUUAUAAACAAAUCAAAGGGCUGAGCAUGAAUAUGAUUAACAGUGGGAACUGAGAACAUGAAUGAGCUGACCAUGAAAGCCUUUUAAAACAGAUAAGUGAACAAUCAAUAGAAUUGAGCAAGGUUGUUGUGCCAAGCUGUCUUUUUAAGCCCAGUAGGUUUAUUUGUGAGAUUGUUCUGCCAUGUGAGACCCCUGUAGAAGGGUGAGAUUCCUCUGUUGAAAAAACAGAGGAAUAUUUGUAUUGCUUGGAGGAAACAAAGUGGAGAGUGAUGGAUAAUGGCUCACUAUAAAAGUCUCAUGGUUUACAAGAAUGUGGGUUGCAUGGAAAGUAUGGGGGUGACCAUACAGAACUAUUAAUUUGUCUAGCAUCUUAUUGGACCCAUGUGUGUUUUUGGUUCAAGGUUGCUCAAUCAAUUACAGUCCAUCUUAUAUUUGAACAUCUUCAAGAAGCACUUAAAUGGCUGUGUUCUUAUUAUAUCUUAUGUCUCAGCUUGGUCAUGGAGAGUAUCUUGGUGAAACAGUUUCCAAUAAUAAAUGCACUUUUCCACACGCUCUAAACUUUGCCUGUAAUCUUGUUUAAGAUCUUCUGAUGUUAAUGCUUUUCAUCAUUAUUUCUGCAUUUUAUGUUACAAUUGCGGUUUUGAUGGUACUUCAUAAUCUUCAUGCUUGGCAUUUUUUGGUCUGCACCUAUCAAAAUGGUCUUAUACCCCUGUAA